AUGAAAAAAGUUAUAACAAAGCGAUCCCUUGUAAAACUGUCGCGUUUACAACUCGUACAAAAACCGUACGGAUUCUGUUGUGAAGAAAAAGAUCAGGAUCCCGAUAAAUAUUAUGAUAUGAGAAACCCUCCCUUUGUGUCGUCUCUAACAAAUGUAGUUCUGGAUGGCAGCGGUCCCGGUGUAAAAUUUCGAAUUGCCGACAUCGGUCGGCCACCAUAUUCUGUUCAACUUCGUAGAAUUUUAGAAGUGAAAGGUAUAGCUUAUCUAGGACGUUGCAAGAGAUGUCGAGGUCCUUUGCGAUGGCACCUGGAGGACGAAAUUGCACUAGCACGCGAAACCAUGGCUAAGGAAAGACAAAAUGAUUACAAUGAGAGCAUAAAGAGAAAUUUAAAGAUCGCAAGACAAAAAAAUUUCUUACCUUACAUUGUUAACAUAGGAAGAGGACACAAACAUCACAUUAAAGGUACCAAAUUUCAAAAGAAUACUACUUCGGAGUUAAAAGUUGCACAGGACGAUCAAGAGUUGACAAAAUAAUGAAAGUUGAUCAGAAAAAAUCCAUUGUACUUAUAUUAAAUA